UUUCAAGAUGGUAAAAAUAAUACAGCGACUUGAAUAUACGGGACGAAUUGGGGGUUAGGGAUUGAGGUGACAGGGGGUGGCGCUGAGAAGUUAGACAGAGUUAAAGGCGUUGAGAAGAGAGUCCGAGCCAGACAGUGGAUAGACUAGGGGUUACUAAAGAGCCGAAGUUGAGGCAAGAGUGUGCCGUAAGAUAGUCCAGUGGAGUUUAUUCAAAGCAAAAAUUAGUAACAUUGAGAGAAGUAGAAAAUAUAAACAUGAUGAAGAAAUCGGCAGUGUUAUAUCACUAUCCCUGCCCAGAUGGCGCUUUUGCUGCGUUAGCUGCUCAUCUCUAUUUUUCUGCUACUUCAAUGCCCACCUUUUUCUUUCCUAAUACUGUCUACACCCCUCUAAGGGUUGAGGAGCUUCCUUUGUGUGAAAUCGAUGUUGCUUAUCUUCUUGAUUUUGUGGGUCCCCCUGGUUUUGUUCAGGAGCUCUCUUCUAAACUUGAAUGUGUUGUCGUAUUAGAUCAUCAUAAAACUGCACUCGAGACGCUGAAUCAAGGAAUUGCUGUGGGGGGGAAUGUGAGCAAGGUGAUCGAUAUGGAUAGGAGUGGGGCUACAAUCGCUUACGAUUUUUUUAAGGAAAAGCUUCUUGCAAUAGGUGAUCAUGGAAAAACUAUAAACAAAUUUGAACGCGUCAGGCCAUUGUUUGAAUAUAUUGAAGAUGCCGAUUUAUGGAAGUGGAAACUUCACAAUAGCAAAGCUUUCAGCAGUGGUUUGAAAGAUUUGAACGUUGAAUUUAAUGCCAACUUGAAUCCAUCUUUGUUCCAGCAGUUACUUUCGUUAGAUCUGGAUUCUGUUAUAAAGCAAGGCAUGUUAAGCUUAUCACACAAGCAGAGAUUAAUAGAUGAUGUUCUUAGUCAGUCAUAUGAGGUAGCACUUGGCGGGGGAGACUUUGGACGAUGCUUGGCUGCCAAUGCUGAUUCUGUUACUGAGUUGAGGAGUGAACUUGGACACCAGCUUGCUAAUAAAAGCUGCAGAAUGAACUUGAGGGGCAUUGGAGCUGUUGUUUAUGGAGUGCCUGAGCUGAAAAAUGACCAGAUGUUAAAAAUAAGCCUUAGGAGCAUUGAGAAUGAAGAUACAACACCCAUAUCCCAGAAAUAUGGAGGUGGUGGCCAUCGAAAUGCCAGUUCAUUUAUGCUAAGGGCUGAUAGUUUUGAGCUGUGGAAGAUAGGUGGGAAGGAAGCAGGGAAUUUCAGCACUUGAUAACUUCCAAGUGACUUUGAUUAUAAAAGGGGGUGAUAAACUGGAGGGAUUAAUAGCACUCUGCACUGACAUGUCUGAGGUCUGCAAUUACAUUUUUAGUUUGGUUUGGACCGAGGCUCUUCAAAAUUUUGUUGCCUUUUAAGAUGAUUGUUUAUGAGAAAGACAUAAGACCAGGAACUCAAUGUAGUAGUCACGUCCGCCGAAUUUCUCGGAAAGUUGAUUCAUGGCAACAGCUGUAGUUUUAGACUUCUUGUACUGCAGGGAUGCCAUGAGCAUAGGUGCCAAGACUACCAACACCAGGUGUGAGAGAUAAGUUGUAAAACAAAUAAUAAUUUUAGGACCAUUGAUUCAAAAAACAGCAGAAACUAGAAUGUAGGGGACCUUGCAUAACAAAUGCAUGCCCUUUAUUCAAAAAUUACACCAAUGUAAAUCCAUUAAAGAGUUAAAAAAGCUUUACAAUCCAGGAA